AUGGCAAGAGAUGGCACUUAUGUUGAUGUUAGAGUUUCCUUACUUGACAAACCAAGGUAUAGGAAUCAGAAGGGUGACAUAUCUGUUAAUGUACUUGUUGUUUGUGAUGUUAACCUCAAUUUCGUAUAUGUGUUGACGGGGUGGGAGGGAUCUGUCGCGGAUAGUAGAGUCAUUCGUGAUGCUGUCACUAGGGCUAACAAGCUAAGGGUGCCUAAGGAUUACGCUGUAGGAACACUUGCACCUCAAGACUACCAAGAAUAUUUCAACAUGAAACACGCUAAAACCCGUAACGUGAUAGAGCGUGCAUUUGGAAUUUUAAAGUCCAGGACUACGAAUGACUACGACCCCGUGGAGGACCUUGUUCCUCAAUUUAUUACAACCAACGAAAAUUCUCCAAACUGUGUCGAAGUUAUACGAAAUGUCGAGUCAUCCCAACAAUUGACCGAUUGGAGAGUUAUGGAGGGAACUAGCAUGUCCCAAAGAAACUCCAAUUUGAAAGGGAAAUCGGGAAUCACACGAAGGACUUGGACUUUGAUAGAAGAACAAAUGUUGAUUUCUGCUUUGAAAGACACUGUUGCGCGUGGGUGGAAAUGUGAAAACGGGUUCAAAACAGGUUAUCUAGCUACACUAGAGGGUGCGAUGUCUGUUUCGUUUCCCGGGACAGACUUGAAGGCUGAGCCCCACAUCCAUUCUAAAAUUCAUAAUGACUCAUCAUCUACGAUUGAUGUGCAAGAUGAUGAGGACUGGAAUGACUACAUGAAUACCGACCCAGCUGCCCGUACAAUGCGCUACAAGGCAUGGCCUUACUACAAGGACUGGCUUGUCAUAUUUGGCAAAGACCGGGCCACUGGGGAGCAUGCCGAGGUCUACGUUGAAGCUGUGAAUGACUUAAUUGGUUCUUCGAAGGGUAAAGAACCGACCAGUGUUGGUGGUGGAAAUGUUUCUUUAGGAGACGCAUCGCUUGAUGGUGACAUUACUUCAUUUGUGUCUACCAGAGGAGAGGGUGCAACUAUCCCUAAAACCACUCGAAAAACGAAGAAGAAAAGGGCCUGCGUCGAUGACGUAGACCUUCAAUUGGUUGACAUGAUGGCGAAGUUAUUCGACAAAGCCGACCAAAAAUUGGGGCGCCUUGUGAAAAGGGUUGGUUUUAAUUUCGAUGUGUCGGAAUCGAGGAAAAAGGUUUUCGAUGCCCUUAGCUCGUUCGAAUACUUGACUGGCGAGGACAAGUUGCAUGUGACCAAGGUUCUAUGUGAAACGGGCAAGGACAUGGACAUCUUCUUCAGUGUCAACGACGAACACAAGGAGCUAAUGGUGGCGAUGAUUCUUCAAGGGCGUUAUUAA